AUGGUUGGAUGUGUCAUUGCCGUCAGCAGGAGUUGGUUCAAGAAACUUGGAAUGUUUGAUCCUGGUUUGGAAAUCUGGGGCGGGGAGAAUACCGAGUUAUCUAUCAAGACGUGGCUCUGUGGAGGUGGACUGGAGAUCAUUCCCUGUUCGAAUGUAGCGCACUUGUACCAUCCUCAUCGACCAUCAGAAAAACGUAGGAUCGCGUACAACAGAAACAUAGCCCGUGUAUCCAAUGUGUGGUUGGACAAGUACAAACACUUUAGUGACAAUUAUGACGGUAGCAUUGCGGAUUUUGGUGACAUUUCUGAUAGGAUAGCUCUCAGAGAUUCACUAAAAUGUCAUCCAUUUGAGUUUUACUUGACAAAUGUUAAUCCAUAUCAGUUCAUCCCAGGGAACGGUAUUUACACAGGUCUAAUACGUAAUGUUGAGCUUGGUAUCGACUGUCUCGACUCGGGGGGCAGAAAGAAUGGGGAUAAAGUCAAUGUUUUGUUGUACUCUUGUCAUGGGAAAGGAAAUCAACUAUGGGUUUUCACAGAACGUCGUGAGAUUAGAAUUGGAGGACAAUGUUUAGAUUCAGGAUAUGGAGAGAACGUUGUGAUGCGGAACUGCCACGGUCUGAGACUGAACCAGGAGUGGGAGGUGAUCAGUCUGGAAGGUCACGUGUUGCUCAAAUCUCACGGAUAUUGUGUUGGUGUUACCAAAAGUGAAUCUGCUCUUGUCUUGGGGAAAUGCCACAAUUCGGCACUUCAGCAAUGGAUCUGGAAGCAAAACAGGAAACCUAGGAUUUCAUAA